GCCGGCACCAUGAUGGAGGAGAUAGACCGGUUCCAGGUGCCCACCGUGCGCGCCGAGAUGCAGCCGCUGGAUCCAACAGCUGCAUCUAUCUCAGACAGAGACUGCGAUACAAGGGAGGGAGAGACUGUAGCCAUGAACUAUAAACCAUCCCCACUUCAAGUGAAACUAGAGAAGCAGAGGGAGUUAGCUCGAAAGGGGUCCCUGAAGAACGGCAACAUGGGAAGCCCAGUUAAUCAGCAGCCCAAGAAGAACAAUGUGAUGGCUCGAACAAGGCUGGUUGUUCCCAAUAAAGGCUAUUCAUCACUAGAUCAGAGCCCAGAUGAAAAGCCACUGGUAGCACUGGAUACGGACAGCGAUGAUGACUUUGACAUGUCCAGAUAUUCCUCUUCAGGAUAUUCUUCAGCUGAGCAGAUCAACCAAGACUUGAACAUCCAGCUGCUAAAGGAUGGCUAUCGGUUAGAUGAGAUCCCAGACGAUGAGGACCUCGACCUAAUCCCCCCUAAAUCAGUCAACCCCACCUGCAUGUGCUGCCAAGCCACCUCCUCCACCGCCUGCCACAUCCAGUAA